CCAGUUUACAAUGCUGUGUUUUCACCCUCGCCUGCUUCAAUGCGCCCGGUAGCUACACCCUUUCGCGCAUCCUCGCGAUCGAGUGGAGGGCCACAGUUCGCCUCGACCCCUCGGUUCUUCGUGUCACAGAGGACCCCCGCAUCGCAGCAGGCAACCCAGGACGCAUUCUCCACCGAAGACGACGGACCCCAGAGCACUCCGGUACCAACUGCCCGCUUUCUGAGGCGCGACAGGGGUGCGGUCUCGACGCCUCGCCAGAAGGAGAUCAUCGAAGAUUCAGACGAUACGGAAGACCACCAGCAAGAUGACACGCCACACAUACGCUCGGAGGAAACCAUCUUCGAUGACAGACAAACGCAGAGCAGCUCCCCUGUACCACCAGUAGAUGAAGAUUCCGAAUUCGAAGAUCUCUUCGCAACCAUUCAGGAGCGGAAAAAGCGACGUCGAAUCUCAGUGAACAAGGAUGCUCUCUCAUCCCAACCAGUAGCGACACAAUCAGACACAGAUCGGAUCGUAUCAUCGUCACAAGAUCAUCCCGCGUCUCCGACGCCUCUAGCCCAGUCCACAACUCCAGCUGCCCCCAAACAGUCUUCGAUCCAGACGCAAGCCACUCCAGCUCCUUCACAUCGUACCCCGGCAGCCACAGCUACACCCCGACCCACAGCGCCGGCAAGCAUCAACCCUCCAUCGACAACCAAUCCCCGUCGAUUCCUCUUUUCAACAUCCCACCUACCUCCAAGCACCCAACCCCAAACAAGCAGCAAACCAUGGGUCUCCGCAUCGACACAAGAGCCACCACCCUCGUCUCAGCGACGUAAACCACCAGCCUUCGUGCUCCCUCGCUCACCGUCCCCCUCGCACAUGGACGACGAGCUCGCUGCCCUACCGACCCCGUUCUCACCAUCCUCGCGUGCGCUGCGUCGACGCGGACGUGCACGUGGUCCCGCCCACGCUUAUCUCCCUGACGGGAUGGCUGCUGAAGUGCGCAGCUGGGUUCUAGAAAUGGGCACCCGACACGAACAGCAGCGACAGACGGGUGUGGCCCGGCGCACAGGAGCGGAUCCCUCCCGGAGGGAUCCGUGGUACAGUCCGACCGUGGUUCGGAUCGAGAGUGUGCAACAGUCUGCUCUGCCGAGCUGCGGUCCUCUUGCAUUUGUGUGCGGGCAUGAGACCGAUGCUCCUGGUGAUGAGGUAAGGACAGAGGCAGAAACAGACUCACGGCUCAGAAACCUGCUUCUCAUCGGGUCACCCCGGUCUCGGUCUGAGACGGUGAUACAGUCCCGGCGGCGUGUUACCUCAACAGUGCCUGAACUUCGCCCUGGAUAUGCCAUCGGCAUUUGUCGAGGGUUGACCUGGGAUAUCGUUCUGGGGGAGAGUGACAUAGGGGUGGCAAUCAGGGACAACCCCUCUAUCGAUACUGCUAUGCAAGCGUCAGGUAGGUGGACCGUAGUCCUGGAAUGGGAGCUGGUCUCCGAGGUAGACGGUUAAGAAGUGCAUAAAUUAGAUACCCUACAUGCAUGAGAAUGAGAU